UUGCGUAAAUCAUUGAGCAAUCUCUUUUUGCCUGUGAAAUCCGUGGCUCUCUCUCUCUCUCUCGCUCUGUAUAAUAGUGUUUCAGUCUCCAGUUUCUACUCCUGUUUGGUGGUUCAGGGUAAUGAAGAUAAAAUGCACGUAAUAACCCAAAGCUGUGUCCUGUUUUUGUGGAUGUAUAUGCUGACCUUCGUAAAAAGUCAAGAAUGUACCCUUGAGCAGUUUUUAAAGGGCCCCCUGUUUGAUUCAAAUUUCGACACAACUGAUCUGGACGCCAGAUACUCUGGUGGAAAACAAGUGAGAGUGAGUUGCAAUGUUGGCUUCACUGGGUUUUUCAAACUGAUCUGUGUCGAGGGAAAAUGGCAGUCCAGAGGCACGAGAUGUCAACCAAAAUCAUGUGGUCAUCCUGGCGAUGCUCAGUUUGCAGAUUUUCAUCUGGAAAAGGGAGACGAUUUUGUGUUUGGGUCACAAGUUGUAUACACCUGUCAUAAAGGUUAUCAAAUGGUCAGUCGCACAAACUAUCGGCGUUGCAUGGCUGAAGGCUGGGAUGGUGUGGUUCCUGUCUGUGAAGCCCAACAGUGCCCAGUGAUUCAUGUGGACAAUAAUGUCCAGGUGAAUGGGGACCCGGAAGAAGCAACCUAUGGCAAUGUAGUUCGAUUCAGCUGCAAGUCCAAAUCUGAAAUUCUGUCUGGGUCACCAGAGAUGUAUUGUGAUGAAAAUGGAGAGUGGAGUGGCCAAAUUCCAAAAUGCCAAGCGAUAACAUGUACAGUCCCCAAUAUUGAAAAUGGCUACGUACCUGGAAAUAUCCAAGAGUACAAAGAACAUGAAGUCCUACACUAUGAGUGUAAUGCUGGAUAUAAACGUGCUGAAGAGAGACCUUCAAAAUGCAUAAAACUUGGAAUAAGAGCAGAGUGGAGCCCCACACCUGCAUGCGAAGAAAUAAAAUGUAAACUGACACUGCCGCCAGUGGAGGGAACCAGGUAUGAACCUACUCACAGAAAUCUAUUUUCACCUGGUGACACACUGAGAGUCAUAUGUGGAGAGAAGUACUGGAUUUCUACCUCUCAAGACGCCUCAGCAGUAACUACAUGCAAAGAUAAUGGAGAAUGGACUAUCAGACCGGUGUGCCAAGAGGUAAGAUGCAGCAAUCAAAGGCCGCAACAUGUGCAAUCCUGGCAAGUCAACUGGUGGCAACGAAUAGGAUUGGGUGACACUGUAAGUUAUUGGUGUAGGGAUGGCUACAGGAGGACAGGUGGUGCCACCUGGGCCACAUGCACCAGAGGCGGAUGGAAUCCAGAUCCACUUUGUCAAGAAAUCACAUGCGACAGACAAGAUGUGCCAAAUGCAAAAAUAAUCACCAAUUACAAGCAGACAUACAAAAACUAUGAACGAGCCAGUUAUGAGUGUGAGGAAGGUUAUCGAGGACGAUUUACUCUCACCUGUGUGGAACGUGGUUGGCACGGGAAUGCACAAUGCACAGAGAUAACGUGCGACAGAAGGGAAUACAGAAACACAGAGAUAGUUGGGAGCUCUAAGUACAAAUACAGGUUCAAUGACCAGGUCCAGUAUAUCUGCAAGAAUGGUCACGAGGGAAGUUUUAAUAUGACCUGUAAGGAAACAGGUUGGAUCGGAUCUCCAGACUGUACAAAGAGACAGUGUAAAAAACUUAACAUCGACCAUGCCUAUAUCACCCGCAAUGAAAAGGAAACUUACAGCCACAAUGAACGGGUCCAGUAUGCAUGCACGCACGAAAGAGGAAAAGUUUUCACUACUACCUGUGAGCAAAGUGUUUGGACUGGGGCUCAGAAGUGUGCAGCAUGCCCAACCCCUGAAGUUCGACAUGGAUUUGCAGUUGGCCCCUACAAUGGCACAGUGUACUACACCUGUGAUGAAGGCUAUAAGCUUUUCAGCAAAGGCUGGUGGGCUGAGGCCAAAUGUAAUGAUGGCGAGUGGUCUGGAUUUGAACUAUGCAUCGAAAAUGAAAAGUGUGGAAAGAUUCCUGUGAUUCCUAAUGCGAAUGUGACAUCUCCAAGUAGAGAAGACCAAAGCUACAGGAUUACCUGUAAGGAAGGGUACACCGCUCAGGUUGAACACUUUACCUGUCGCCAGGGAAAAUGGCAUUUUGGUGGAUAUUCCCACAAAACAAUCUGUACACCAAAUGCCAAUCUCUGCAGUCCCCCACCUAAAGUUGCCAAUGCAGUUGUUGUGACUCCAUAUCAGAGAGAUUUCUUGCCUGAGUCUACAGUAAUGUAUACGUGCCGUAAUAAAUAUACUCUAAUAGACGGAGAAAACACAAUUCGAUGCAUAGAUGGGAAAUGGGAGACGAAGGACAUUAAGUGCACAGUGAAGCCAUGUGAACUUCCUGAUGACACACCCAAUGGCUAUUAUCAGAUCAUCCGCGGUGAAGAGUUUGUUUUUGGAACAACAAUCAAAUACUUUUGUGAUGAAGGGUAUCAAAUGGUGAGUAAGGUAGACACCAGGACUUGUUUGCUGGACAAAUGGACCAAUCACGUGCCAACAUGUGAACCUUUGAGCUGCGACCCCCCACCUGCCGAUAUAGGUGUGAUAGUAAAAGGUAUACCAGAAAAUGACAAUCCCAUACUUCCUGACCGAUUCCUCACAUUCAGCUGUGAUGAUCCUGGGAAAUAUCUGAAUGGCAGUUCAGUGCUGAUAUGUGGCAGAGAUGGACAGUGGGAUAAUCCACUCCCCUCUUGUGAAGACAUCACUUGUGAGGCUGGCGUGAUGCCCCCUCAUCUCAAUGUAGCUGGACUACCACCAGCCAAUGAAACAAUGAAGAUUGGACAUAAAUUACAGUUUAGCUGCAAAGACCAAUAUACAAUGGAGGGGUCUGCAGAAAGUGAAUGUUUACAAACUGGGCAGUGGAGUGUCACCUUUCCAACUUGCUCUGAAAAUUGCAAAGUCACAGGUGUAUCAGACAGCGUUCACCUCAUCCCACAUGUACGAGUAAAUCAAAUCAAAUCAAAAGGAGAAAAGUUAACCUUUCAGUGCAGGAGGCGUGGAGACUUUCUUCAAGGGAAAGCAGUGGUCACAUGUUUAGCAGAUGGACAGUGGAGUGAUCCCUUCCCAACAUGUGGAGCUCCUUUGGGUUGUGGGAGACCACCAUCACUUCCAAAUGGAGACAUCAAGACAUCUCUUCAGUUCCAGUACAGACAUAAUGACAGGGUUGAAUACAUCUGUGAGAGUUACUACACUAUGGAGGGUCAGCCUUACAAAACCUGCAUCAAUGGUGAAUGGACUGGACAGAUGAGAUGCCUCAAACCCUGCACUGUGGACAGAGACGCCAUGAACGCACAUAAUAUUGCCUUCAGAUAUACAUAUGACGAUAAGCUGUAUUCAGCCCAUAAUGAUGAAAUCGAGUUCAUGUGUAAAAGAGGAAGAACACUUGUUGGUAGAUAUGGCCUGCGUCAGAAGUGUGUUGAUGGUGUGAUACACCUUCCCACUUGCCAGUAAAGCUUUUUAGUCAACUGGAUAUGAUAAACAUGAGCUGGCUGGACAAACAUGUAAAUGAUUAAUCAAAGUAAAGGGUUAGACCAGUGAUGUCCUCCUGAUGCAGUGUCUAUACUUUAGUGUUGUGUGUGGUCAUUUUAAUAAAACAUAUAUCUUCCCUCA